AAGGGCUUCCCAAGUCUUCACUCCGCAAUUGAUUCACGAGCCUUGCAGUGUGGCGUCAGAGCUUCAGGCAAGAGAUGGCACAGCCACUUUGCCUGGAAGAUUUCGAAGCAUUUGCCCGCAAGUCGUUGUCGGGUCUGGUUUACGAGUAUUACAGAGCUGGAUGUUAUCCUGAGCAAACACUGGGGGAUAAUGUGCAGGCAUUUAAAAGAUACCGACUGAGGCCCAAACUAUUAAGGGAUGUUUCCAGACGAGACCUUCGUACCACCAUCUUGGGUCAAGAGAUUGCUUUUCCUAUAGCUGUAGCUCCCACAGCGAUGCAGCGCAUGGCACACAGUGAUGGAGAAGUGGCAACAGCAAAAGCUGUUACAUCACUCGGAACCGGAAUGGUCCUGAGCUGUGUUACAACUUCGACCAUGGAAGAGGUGGCAGAAGCCUCGUCCCCACGUGGUUUGCGAUGGGCACAGCUGCACAUCUUCAAAGACGAGACACUGGUCAGGAGCAUAGUAAGGAAGGCCGAGACUAAUGGGUACAAAGCUCUUAUUGUGACGGUGGAUAGCCCUAUUGGGCGCCGGUCAGCAGGAGAGAGUUUAAAGGAGCUACCGCUGCAUAUAAGAUUGGCUCAUUUUGGCGGGGAGAAACUGUCAUCUGGUUUGACUUCAUUGGAUAAUCCUAAAGUCACGUGGAGCCACAUUGAUUGGCUGAGUAGCAUCACUACACUACCUAUUGUACUGAAAGGAGUACUAACAGGUAUAAAGGGUCAAUUAUGACGUCAUCACACGACGCUUAGAGCAUGUUUGAGUGUGCACCAUGGGUUAACCAAAGGUUGACUAGAACGAACCCAGGCUGGUCAACCAUUGGUUGACUACUAACUGUGGUCGACCUUUUGGAACCAGCCUCAGGACCAUAGUUUCUUCACUGGUCCUAAUAGCCUGUUCCAUGUUAAUAUGCGUAAAGCGCAGAGAGGAACCAGUGACACUAUAGCAAACAAAAUGUGGAAGGCAAUGGAGCGUGAAUAUCGUGGUACCGGUGGUUGACUAUAGGCUUCCAAACGAGUCGUUCGAGUGAGUGAAGAGUCACUGCGCGUUGCUGGUCGGUAUUAUACAAAAUAUUGACUGCUUCGAGUGCGUUAGUGUAAAUUAUAUAACUGACAUACAGAUUCUUGUCAUUUGAUUGGUGGAAAUUACUUCAUGUGAAAUUCACUAAACACCUAUUCUCGCGCCCAUGGGGAAUGGCAUUUCCCAAUCAACAGAACUUCGAGAAGAGGAAUAACAAUUAUUCAAAGGUGUAACAAAACAAUUGUUGCACACUGUGACUGGGUCCAUGGGUUUUGUACACCCUCUGUGGCAAAUGGCACCGUAACAUACACCUCCCCAUUUCUUCAGAAUUAGUCAUACCCCAGAAGUACUGUAUGUACGACUAGCGUUUUGUGUCACGGUAGACAGAUGAAUAAAAGAAUCUUUGUUCGGUAUUAUAUGAAAUAAUUAUUGACUGCUUAAUAAUCGGGGCACAGUUAAAAUUAUAUGCCAAAGGUAUGCAGGACUAUACGUUUGAUUUAUGAUACCAACUCCUUUAGGCCUAUCUAUCAUGCAAUGGUUUGCAAUGUGUUGUGGCGCAAUAUGCUGUCAAUCAAACCAGGAACACCGGGGCGUACCUCUUCUCUUUUUGAUAAGUGCAAUUGGUUCUUUUACGCGCGUUAAACAACACACGGGACCAACGGGCAAAGCAACACGGUUGAGUGUCUUACUUAAAGACACAGGUGUCACGACUGGUACUCGAACCCACACUCUGCUAAAC